AUGGUGUACGCUGGACACAACCGAUUUCUGAUCAAUCAGACACUGAACAUCACAAUGCAACAACAUCGUGCGUGCAGUUGUCGCGACUGUGCACUCGAAGGGCCAUUGCCUGAGUGUGAUGGCGGCCAAGUGAUCGGUCCAUCGUGCACGUGCGAAUGCAGUAAUCAGAUGCAGAAAACCGAUUGUAAAGGAGUUAAUAAGUACUGGAAUGAGGACACUUGUACGUGUGGAUGUCAAAUAACGCACUGUCCUCGCGGUACUAUUAUCAAUCGUAGCAAAUGCGCUUGUGAUGGACUUAUGAGACGACCGCAUGAUGGUGUCAACUUUCGUUUGGACGUCUCAAAACUGCCACGACUCAGAACAUACGUGCGAGCCAGGCCUGGAGCAUAA